AUGUUUUCCUGCAACACCAGCACUUCCGGUCACUCUACCUUCCUCCUCACUGGUUUUCCAGGACUGGAAGCCUCUCAUCAUUGGGUUUCCAUCCCCAUCAACCUCAUCUGUGUGAUUUCCAUCCUGGGUAACAGUAUCAUCCUCUUCCUGAUUCGCACUGAUUCAGCUUUACAUGAACCCAUGUACAUCUUCCUGUCCAUGUUGGGGGCCUCUGAUCUGGGCCUCUGUGCCUCUACCUUCCCCACCAUGGUGCGGCUCUUCUGGCUGGGCACUCGUGAGCUGCCUUUUGAUUUCUGUGCUGCACAGAUGUUCUUUAUUCAUGCCUUCACCUAUGUGGAAUCCGGCGUGCUGCUAGCCAUGGCCUUUGAUCGCUUCAUUGCCAUUCGGGAACCUCUUCACUAUGCCACAAUUCUUACACAUUCAACCAUGGCCAAAAUGGGGGUCGCAAUUCUGGUGAGGGCUAUAGUGCUCAACCUUCCAGGUCCCAUUCUUUUACGGCGCCUGUUCUUUCCCCAGAUCAGUGUCCUCUCCCACUGCUACUGCCUCCACUGUGAUCUUGUGGGAUUGGCUUGCUCAGACACCAAGGUCAACAGCUUAUUUGGCUUGAUCUCCAUUCUUUUCUCCUUGGGCCUCGAUUCCUUCCUCAUCAUGCUCUCCUAUGCUCUGAUUCUACGAACUGUGCUGACCAUUGCAUCACCUGGUGAGCGACUCAAGGCACUCAACACAUGUGUCUCACACCUCUGUAUUGUUCUUAUCUUUUAUUUGCCAAAACUGGGACUGUCUGUGUUGCAUCGAGUAGAGAAACACAGUUAUCCUGCCUUAGCAGUGCUCAUGGCCAACCUACAUUUUUUGGUUCCACCCUUCAUGAACCCCAUAGUAUACUGCAUCAAGUCUAAGCAGAUCAGGCAGGGUCUCCUAAAACGCUUUAUGCAGAAAAGGAUUGAUGCAUCCUAG